AUGAGAUUAUCGCUAAGAAGAGUUAUAAUCUUGGUUGGUUUAAUAUGUAUUAUACUGAUCACAAUAUUAAAAGUACAUCCAUCAAUCGGACUUAAAGAAUUGAAACUUUUAUUAUUAGAUACAGAAAGAUUUGAUUCAAUAUCUUUUAAACAACAUGAUUUAAAAAUCAAGAAACAACUACAUUACUCGAAUUACUUAUAUUCCGGUUACAAACAAUUCAUUAAUCAUUUUGGUGAAGAUAUUGAUCAAAUCAAAGCAAGGCCAAAUGAUGAAAAAUGUAAUAUAAUAUUCGAUCAAUUUAACACAACUAAUCCAGAUUGGAAAUUAACUAUAUAUAAUUCACCAAGUAAUAGAUUCGAUAAAUCUUCAGAUAAAAAGGAAUCCUUUUUUAAGGAAAGAAUCAACAGAUUACGUGAAAAAUAUGAAAAGAAUAAUCCGGAUGCUAAGGAUAAAUUUCGAUUGACUAGAUCUCAAAACCAUACAAUCUUAGAAGAAUAUAACAAACAUAUCGAACAAUCCCAGACAAUAUUACAGGAGAUGGCAGAUUCUACAACCUUGUUAAGAUUAUAUGGUAAAUGUUUUUUCAAUAAAGAUCUAGAUUCGACUCAAGCUCAAGUGUAUGAUGAGUUUACCGAUAAAUUGUUUCCAUUUUUGACUGACAAACCACCAAUACUUGAUGGAGAUAACUCGUAUAAUAGUGAUGUAUAUGCGAGAAAUUCGAUUGAUUAUAUAUAUAAAAAUUCAAAAGGAAAAGGAAUUGUAGUCUCAGCAGCAACAAGACAUUCACGAGAUUUGGUAAGAUUGAUUAAAGUGUUGAGAGCUCUCAACAACAAACUACCAAUACAAAUUAUGCACAAGGGUGACAUCACAAAGAAAUGGUUGACAGCAAUUGAAGAAGCAGCUGUAGUUGACAUUGAAACAACGUUCCAGGCCGAAAAUUUAGCUGAAGAUAAUCCGAUAUUAAAGGAUACCAACUUAUUAGACCAAUCUAAAGAAUUUGGUUCUGAAUUCCCCAAACAAGAUUUAACUUUUGUUAAUUUAGCCCCUUGUAUAAAGAGAAAUUUUAAGUAUUCAUUUCCUGGAUAUUCCAAUAAGUUACUUGCAUUAUUAUUUUCAACUUUUAAUGAAAUUAUAUUACUAGACGCUGAUACUGUCCCAUUGGUACCUCCUAUGGAAUUUUUUGAAUCCAAAGAGUAUCAAAAAUCAGGUACUUAUUUCUUUCAAGAUCGUUCACUAAGAGAUAACAAUGAUUAUAUUGAAACCAAUUAUUUUGCAACAUUAUUCCCAAGUAAUGAAAAUUCAAUCGAUAAUUUAUUUGAUAUCCCUCGAAUUACAGAAAAGACUUUGAAUAAUAAAUAUAUGACUGGCUGGAGACAUUAUCAAGAAGCUGGAGUGGUUGCUUUCAACAAAAAAGAACAUUUUACUGGAUUAUUAAUGAUGUUUCCAUUAUCAUUAUGGCAAGAACCCGUAAAAUCCUCAAUAUGGGGAGAUAAAGAAUUAUAUUGGAUUGGAUUAUCAGCAGCUGGUGAUGAAAAUUACGAAUUCAACCCUUAUUCAGCAGCAUCAGUAGGUGAAGCGACAUCCAUACAUGAAAGAAAAUUUUAUCCUAACUCAAAGAGUAGAGAAGUUUGUUCAACUCAUCCUGGACAUGUUAAUGGAGAUGGUAAAUUAUUAUGGAUUAAUUCUGGAUUUGGAUAUUGUAAAAAAAAUGGUUAUUAUAGAGAUAGAGUUAAAUUUCCAUUCACGGCAUUUGAAAGCAAUGAAUUAGUUGAUUUGUUUAAUUCGCCAUUAAAGAUUAGAGCAGCUUUGAUUCCUCCCGACCUACCUAGAUUUAGAGAGCCAGGUCAAAUCGACCCUGAACCAGAAUUAGAAUUUAAAAGUUCUUGGAAACUAAGAAAAAAAGAUAUUGAUGAAAUCAAUGAAGAUUUACCUUCUGGAUCUGAAAGAACUGAAUUUAUAACUGAAUGGGGUCCACAAAAGGGUUGGGUCAAGAAUAAUAUAUGUUUUGGAUAUUUUUAUUGUGCUUACGAUAGUAUAGAAAGUUAUUCCGCAGAUAAAGAAACUGAUAAUGGGAAAUUUUAUGAAUUUGAUGAAGAAAGUGUUAAAUUUUUUGAUUAUUUGAGCAAAGUUUGGUUAACUGGGGUACCUAAGAAAAAGUGA